UGCAGCGGAAACAGGAGCUCAAACAUGGCGCGUUGUUGGCUUCAAUUCUAGACAUUUACAUUCCACACCAUAGAGGCCUAAGGGUGAAGAGUAGGAGGGGAGGGAAAGAGGUGCAAAGUCUCGCGAGAUCCUCCCCGCUCUCCCGCUCCUCCCACCGGCCGAGCUAGCUGAGUGAGGGAUGCUUGUCCGCCAUCGCGGAGGGGUUUAGUCAGCGCCGAGUAGACUAGUUCCGGUACACAAUACUACGUUCUUGCGGCUGCCGCUCGCUGGGAAGCAGGCCUGCAUAGAGGACGAUACAGGAGCACCGAGGUCUCUGAUAGGCCGGGCCCGGGGCCUCCUCAAACCGACGCACGCCGGGGGGAGACAAGGAGGGGCCCCGGGGCCGAGAGAGGGGAGGACGACGACUGAGCCGCCGACAUGUCGAACCUCAGCAAAGGCACCAGCAGCAGGAAGGACACCAAGAUGAGGAUCCGGGCCUUCCCGAUGACUAUGGAUGAGAAGUAUGUGAACAGCAUUUGGGAUCUGCUAAAGAACGCAAUUCAAGAAAUUCAGCGCAAGAACAACAGCGGACUAAGUUUUGAAGAACUCUAUAGAAAUGCAUAUACCAUGGUUCUCCAUAAACAUGGAGAGAAGCUAUACACGGGACUUAGAGAAGUAGUGACGGAGCAUCUCAUAAAUAAGGUUCGAGAUGAUGUCUUAAAUUCUUUAAAUAACAACUUCCUCCAGACACUUAACCAGGCUUGGAAUGAUCACCAGACUGCCAUGGUAAUGAUUAGAGAUAUUCUCAUGUACAUGGAUAGAGUCUAUGUCCAACAGAAUAACGUUGAAAAUGUCUAUAACCUGGGCUUGAUAAUAUUUCGCGAUCAAGUUGUCCGCUACGGCUGCAUAAGAGAUCAUCUACGGCAAACCUUAUUAGACAUGAUCGCAAGAGAGCGGAAAGGAGAAGUAGUGGACAGAGGCGCCAUAAGGAAUGCCUGUCAGAUGCUUAUGAUCCUUGGCUUGGAGGGAAGGUCAGUGUAUGAAGAAGACUUUGAAGCACCAUUUUUGGAAAUGUCAGCAGAGUUCUUCCAGAUGGAAAGCCAGAAGUUUUUAGCAGAAAACAGUGCCUCAGUGUACAUAAAGAAAGUAGAGGCUAGAAUAAAUGAAGAAAUAGAACGAGUCAUGCACUGCCUAGACAAAUCCACAGAAGAGCCCAUUGUAAAGGUGGUGGAGCGGGAGCUCAUCUCCAAGCACAUGAAGACCAUUGUGGAGAUGGAGAACUCUGGGCUAGUUCAUAUGCUGAAGAAUGGAAAGACAGAAGAUCUAGCAUGUAUGUACAAGUUGUUUAGUAGAGUCCCGAAUGGCCUGAAGACAAUGUGUGAGUGCAUGAGUCUGUAUCUACGAGAACAAGGCAAAGCGUUGGUUUCUGAAGAAGGAGAAGGGAAGAAUCCUGUUGAUUAUAUACAGGGUCUUCUUGACCUCAAGAGCAGAUUUGAUCGGUUCCUUCAGGAAUCUUUUAGUAAUGACCGUCUUUUCAAGCAAACCAUUGCUGGUGACUUUGAGUAUUUUCUUAAUCUGAACUCCAGGUCCCCCGAAUACCUUUCCUUAUUUAUCGAUGACAAGCUGAAAAAAGGAGUCAAAGGCCUGACGGAACAGGAGGUAGAAUCCAUACUGGACAAGGCAAUGGUCCUCUUUAGAUUUAUGCAAGAAAAAGAUGUAUUUGAGCGUUAUUACAAGCAACAUUUGGCCCGAAGACUUCUUACCAACAAGAGUGUGUCGGAUGACUCUGAAAAGAACAUGAUAUCCAAGCUGAAGACGGAGUGUGGUUGCCAAUUUACAUCAAAGUUGGAAGGCAUGUUUAGAGACAUGAGUAUCUCAAACACCACUAUGGAUGAAUUCCGGCAACAUUUACAGACCACAGGGGUUUCCUUAGGGGGUGUAGAUCUUACAGUCAGAGUACUUACCACUGGAUACUGGCCCACACAAUCUGCUACACCAAAAUGCAACAUCCCACCAGCUCCUAGGCAUGCUUUUGAAAUAUUUAGGAGGUUUUACCUUGCCAAGCACAGUGGACGACAGCUCACGUUGCAGCAUCACAUGGGCUCAGCGGAUCUCAAUGCCACAUUCUAUGGGCCUGUAAAAAAGGAGGACGGCUCAGAGGUCGGUGUUGGAGGAGCACAGGUAACUGGUUCGAACACAAGAAAACACAUACUGCAAGUCUCCACCUUCCAAAUGACUAUACUCAUGCUCUUCAACAACAGGGAAAAGUAUACUUUUGAGGAAAUUCAACAAGAGACAGACAUCCCAGAGCGGGAGCUUGUGCGGGCACUUCAGUCACUGGCCUGUGGAAAGCCAACCCAACGAGUCCUCACAAAAGAGCCCAAAUCUAAAGAAAUAGAGAGCGGGCACAUGUUCACUGUUAAUGAUCAGUUCACUUCCAAACUUCAUAGAGUUAAAAUCCAAACAGUGGCGGCCAAACAAGGGGAAUCUGACCCUGAAAGAAAAGAGACUCGACAGAAAGUCGAUGACGACAGAAAACAUGAGAUAGAAGCUGCUAUAGUUCGGAUUAUGAAAUCUAGAAAGAAAAUGCAGCACAAUGUAUUAGUAGCAGAGGUAACACAGCAAUUGAAGGCCCGGUUCCUUCCAAGUCCAGUUGUUAUUAAAAAACGUAUUGAAGGACUUAUUGAACGUGAAUAUCUAGCUCGAACACCUGAGGAUCGCAAAGUAUACACCUACGUAGCAUAGAAAAUGCGUCCUGCUAAUUGAUUUACUCUUGGACUUCAUACCCCUUCGCAUGGACUGGGAAGUUCUUUUAAAUCAUUACACGGUUAUGAGCGCCAUCUAUUAAAUUACAGUACGUGUUCUAGAACAUGCACGACAAGCCUACAAGAUUUUACGACGUCAGAUUCCCUUGGGGGGCCUUUGUAGAUAUCCUUUAUACAGUUCCUUUGUGGAAUUGUGAACACCCAGAUUUCUCUUUCUCGAUACUGUAUGGAAAGAACAGGAAAUAUCGAAAAAGGAAAAAAAAUGAAUAAAUGAAAAAAAAAAAAAAAAACUAAUUUAGAAAAUACAAGUCAAGUUAAUAAAAUGUUGGGGAACUUACUCCCUGCCCCCAAAUGUUAGUGGUGGUGUUUAUGUUCAUCUGCUGAAUCGAAUGCUUUUCUUUUAAAGGUAUAUAAAUGGGAAUGCUGAGUUGCAAUUCAGGUUAUGGGAAUAAAUGAAAUUUUUUGUAGUAUUGAACACAGGAACGAUGCCAGGUUGGGUGUUGGGCUGCUGUUUGUUUUUGAUUCUUGCACAUAAAUUUUGACUUAACACAUGUGAAUGUCUUUAAGAUAAAGUCUUAGUCUACCUUUAUGUACAUUUUGCCCUUCUUCUUCUUUUGCACUCUGGACCAUCAGCACCCAAGGAAGAGAAGUUCUAUUUUGACUCUAUGCUUCUUUGGUACUGGUGGAGGAAUCAGGCUACCCACUUGUCACAACGCUGGAGAGGCAACUGUAGAGUAAUAUAUUCUGGGGGGCUUUUUGGCAGGAGGAUUUUCUGGUGUAUAUUUAACCCUAUUUAUUCAAGCAAGUGCUCAAAACACCGAUUUUGCAACGACCCGUGAACUUCUGACAGAAUAUGCUUUAUGACAAGCCGACAACGGCUUAUUGCUAAAGAGUGGAACCCCUGUAGAACCUGCUAUGCAUCUAGUGUAUAUAACCAAUGUAUUUUCCUAAAGUGAUGCCUCCCCCCCCCCCCCCCCCCAAUUAUUUUAUCACUCACCCGUUACACACUGCUUCUUGUCUCCUCUUUCAACAGCAUAUAUGGGGCAAAUCUCCUUAGUCAUGGUUCUUUAUGUACCAAUAUGCAUGUUGAGCGCCGAGUGCCAUUGUUGACUUUGCAAGUUGAUAUACAUUGUCCAGAGCAUUAUGUUUAUUUUAGAUAUGGAUAUGAAUCUGCACCAUGUUCGUACUCAAUGUGAAAUAUUUUUCCCCUCCAGGAUUUUCUGUUCCGCAUAAACAUGUGAACGUUGUCCAUCAAACAUUAAUUUACUGAAUCUUGGCAAGUCUUGUUCUAUUCUUAUCCACAAACAUUAACCACAGACAAAAGAAAAUAUUCCAGUGUUUGCAGUUGUAAAUAACAUUUUAUUUGUUUACUAUAUUCUUUUAAAAGACCAUUUUAUGCUAUACGUUUAUGGUAAUAAGAGCCUGCAAAUUUGCAAUAAACAGGGUUUUUACUCUUCCAUGUUUACACUGAAAUGCAAAUUUCCAGGGGAAUAAAAAGGUGUAACAUUCUCGA